CAAUGGGACCUCCCUCAGGGGGCGUGUCAGUGCCUGUUGCUGUUCUGUAUACAUCCCGGAUAGAGCUGAGUUGUGAGGGGACUGAUAAACAGGCUGGAAUUGUCCCCUGCUGACUGUAACUGCCUUGCAACUCCCUGCUCCUGUGUCCCUGACAUUCCCAUCCCCUGCACUCACAUCUCCAGCCUCAUCUACUGGGUUCGGAGACCAGGUGCCUAUAGUGAAAUUGUAGAAUGAAGGAAAACUUGACCUCGGGAAAGAGCGAGACGGGUUUACAAUCUGAGAUGAGUUUCCCAGAGGCUGAUCCAGAAAUAUUACAGAUAAAGAUAAAAGAGGAAGACUCAGACUGUGAGGACCCAGUUGAAGAUGAAGAAGUUCCAUUCCUAGAUGAGGGUUCUCUAAAGACUGAAGGUAAAGUGAAAUCAGAGGGUGAAGAGUCGGAUGCUGAGGAUCAUGUGACUGUAAUAAAGGGAGAAAUUGUUUCUGUUCCUGGGGCCGAGAAUUGUAUCCGUAAUGGAAAGAACAGUGACCCUGAGACUCCUAGACUUUGGCUCCGGCACCAGAGCCCCCCGAGAUCAGGAACAAGUGAUUGCUCAGAUGCACUGAAUGCAGCCGAGGAGCAGAUAGAAGAUGCUGGAGUAUUGCUGGAGUCGACACAGAAGAGAACAACGACUAACUCUGAGUCCAACACAAGAUAUGAGAAUUGCUCAGCAAGUUCUGCAGCAUCGGGGUUUAUUUGCAGUGGUUGUGGAGAAACCUUUGCCGUGAAAAGAGAAUUCCUCACUCACGUCUGUCCCGAGAAUGGGAGAAAUAAUAGUCCAACUAAGAAAAAACUGGAAGGAGAGAACAUGACAGGACAGCAGUUGGUCCGUACCAGGGAGAAACCAUUCCAAUGUACAGAUUGUGGGAGAAGUUUUUCUCACAAAAGGACCCUCACCGCCCACCAGAGAAACCACUCGGGAGAAAGACGAUUCAAAUGCACGGAAUGCGGCAAAAGUUUCUUCCACAAAAGCAAUCUUGUCAACCACCAGAUCAUUCACACGGGGAAGAAACAUUUCACCUGUAUGGACUGCGGCAAAUGGUUUGCUCACAAGAGAACCCUCUACACUCACCAGAAAAAUCACACCGCCGAAAGACGCUUCAAAUGCGCGGAGUGCGGGAAGAGUUUCUUUCACAAGAGCAACCUCCGCAGCCACCAAAAGCUUCACACGGGGGAGAAACCUUUCUCUUGCUCAGAAUGCGGCAAAUGCUUCUCCCAGAAGGGCACCCUUCAGAGACAUGAGCAGAUUCACACAGGGGUAAAACCAUACGCCUGCACACAAUGUGCCAAGUGUUUCUAUGAUAAGCACAACCUAUGGAAACACCAGAAUAUUCACGCAGAAAAGAAAACCUUCACAUAUACAGAACCAGGGUUUAUCUGCUGUACUUGUGGGGAAAGCUUCUCUUUUGAUAGUGACCUCCUCAAACACCACUGCACCCAGUCUGGGAAUAAUCAUUUUUGUCGCCCAUCUUUGGGGGAAAACGGAGAAGAAAAGCAGUACAGCCGUAAAUCUAACUUUCAGAGACCUCAUUUAAUCAAAACACAGAAAGAUCUUUUCCCAUGCACAGAAUGUGGAAAAAGCUUUUCUGGAAAAAGCAGCCUCCACGCCCACCAGAGAAUUCACACCGGGGAGAAACCAUACACGUGCGCCGAUUGCGGGAAAAGCUUCUCUCAGAGCUGUCACCUUCGAAGGCACCAGAACAUUCACACGGGAGAGAAACCAUUUAAAUGUAUGGAAUGUGGGAAAAGCUUCAAUGUGCAAAGCAACCUUCAAAGCCACAAGAAAACCCACUUAGGGGUGAAACCCUAUGCCUGCAUGGAAUGCGGCAAAGUGUUUUCUCUAAAGGGCAAUCUCAACAAACACCAGAGAAUUCACACAGGAGAGAAACCGUUUACGUGCACGGAAUGUGGGAAAAGCUUUUUUAAAAAGAUCUGCCUGCUCAAUCAUCAGAAAACUCACACGGGGGAGAAACCAUUCGCGUGUACGGAAUGUGGGAAACGGUUCUCUCAAAAGAGCAGCCUUCAGAAACACCGGAGCAGCCACAAACAGGAGAAACUUUGAUACAUUUCAUGCACAGAGCUGGAGCCGGGAAUUGUGUCAUGAUUGGACCAAAGGAAAGCUUGAACCUUUACUGAGCACUGGGGCAUGGAGAAUGAGAGUUGGGUUGGGCUUUGGUAGAACCCACAAUAAAGACAUGGGGAAAAUCCCUUUUCUGUUGUUGCUCUACCAAUUUAACAAACACUCUCUGCAAAAUAUCAAGUCAUGGCUAGUAGUACAUUACUUACAUUGCUAGGCUUUACUGUGUACAGUAGAAUGAAGCUGCCAUAUAGUUUGGCCCUUUUUAGUGGCAAAUGUCAUUUCUGAUAAGUAGAUGGAGCCACUGGCAACAAAGGGAAUGACCUUGAGGAUUCCAAUUGAAGUGCACUUAUUAUUGACUGUCAUAAUAAUAAACAUUCCCAUAACGUC